AUGAUCAACAACGCUCUUCGAUCGCUCAUCUGCUCCGCAUCAGAGCAAUCUCUCGACGACGCCCACGAGCACGACUUCAACAUGUCCACGCAGCCGCCUCAGAUCGACCAGUUCGAGUGGCACCGCGUCGAGGCAGACGUCUGGAAGCGAACCUGCCUCGGCCACGAGGCUUCCGCUUCGUUCAACGAAAACAUCGCCGAUGGACACACCGAGCUCACCUUGCUCACCACGUUUCGUGUUCACCAACCCAGCUGGUCGCACAUCGCCGGCACUGAGCUCGAACUCGACCAGUUGGUAGCAAGGGCAAGGCAGGCAUGGAUUCAAGCAAGGUACUUGCGACCCGAGGCCGCCGUCGAGAUGGACAGGCAUAUCGACCCGACGUCGCCACAGACCAUGACGUACCGACUGCUUCGCGACGAGCAUUCGAUCCAAGAGUGGGUCGACGAGACCUUUGUCGUGAAACGAAUCGGCGAACCGGGUGUCGGAACGGUCGAUGAGUUGUGCGCCUACACUUACAACCGACCUCUGGCUACCAAGGGCAAGCAGUCCAUGCUCUAUCUCGUUCUUCCCAAGAUUGGCGACGAAAGCCGUACCGCCCACGCUAUCUGGAACGUCUCGCACGCGGUUACCGACGGUGGAAGCGUCGUCGACUUUUACAACGUCUUCCUGCAGUGCAUGAUCGACGCCACUCCAUCCGCACCUUACGACUCGAUCUACACACCGAGCUCAUUCGAGCUCAACGUCCUGCCGCGGCUGCCGCGCAGCGUCGUGGCUGCAUACCGACAGCAGUACAGACCCACACCAGACGACGUCACGAGCGCAAACAAGGCUGCUCAAGCCAACAUGCAACUCAUCGCAGACAACACAGCUCGCUCUUUGGCCCUCGUCCCUGCCACCUCGUGGAACCAACGCACACACAAGACCAUCUGCUUGACCAAGGUGAUGGAGGCCAGCGAGGCACGAGAGCUGCUCAAGUUCGCCAAGCAGGUCCACUCGGGUGUCACCUACCUCGCCUCGGCCGCCACGAUCCUAGCUACGGCAGAGACGUUCCCCGAACGCAAGGCUUCGAGCCAAGGUGCCCUCAUGGGGAUGGUGCGCAACGCUCGACGAUGGCUUUCGACCACGCCCGUCGACGGUGUCUCGGGCACAUCGACGCCUCUGGGCUCGGAUGCUGUCUUCCUCUGGGUACCUGUCAACACCCACCAGUCGCUCGAGCCCAGCUUUAAUCGACUGCAGGAUCUCGUCUCGACCGCGCGACACGUUGGACGCGAACUCGACGAGCACCUCACCACUGCGCACUGCAUCUCUUCCCUGCCUGCUGCUGCCGAUGGAGCCAUCGGAGGACUCAACGCUCAAUGGGCACACAUCAACUCGAUCGAAUCCUCGCCCGCUGCUCCCACUCAAGCCGAGCUCGACAGCAUCGUCGGGCCUCAAGCACCCGGCUUCUCCAGCGUCGGCGUCUUCAAGCUUUACCCGCGCUUCCAGCCCAUGUCGGCGAGCGCCCGUGCGUCCGGCUUGUGGCUCGAACGACUUGACUUUACACACCUUGGGCGCCAAGUCAACGCUUCACCGUGGAUCAGCAUGCUGACCAUCGACGGCAGGAUCAAGUUCCAGUUGGGCUUCGAUACAAAGUUCCACGAGGUCGAAAAAAUGCAAGCCUGGCUCGACCGUACUUUCGCCUGGAUGAGGAUCUGCGCCGCUGCAGCUGCCACCACACGCACCUCUGUCUCGUCUUCUUCGGUCGAUUUCAGCGCUCCUGCCUCUUCCCGUCUCUGA